AUGACUGGGUGGGGCAAGUCUGAGGAGCAGCGCUGCAAAGAAGGGCCUCCGGGAUGGGGGGUCCACAGCUCGGUGGCUCCCUGGCACUCCUGCUGCUGCUGCUGCUGCUGCCAGUGUCCUGGGGGAGCCAGCCCGAGCACCCGAGGGGGCCCCUGGUUUUUGUGACCCUGGUCUAUCGCCACGGCGACCGUGCUCCCCUGGACUCAUAUCCCACAGACCCCCACAAGGACAGGGCCACAUGGCCCUCCGGCCUGGGCCAGCUCACCCAGGAGGGCGUUCAGCAGCACCUGGAGCUCGGCCGCUUCCUAAGGGCCAGAUACGGGGCCUUCCUGAGCCCCAAGUAUCGCAGAGAGGAGCUGUACGUCCGGAGCACUGACUAUGACCGCACCCUCCAGAGUGCUCAGGCCAACCUGGCCGGGCUCUUCCCCGGCUCUCCCCUCAGCCCUGGCUGGAUGCCGGUGCCCGUCCACACUGUUCCGGCCACUCAGGACAAGCUGCUGAAGUUCCGGACCCAAGAAUGUCCCCGCUAUCAGAGACUCCUGGAGGAGACGAAGUCAGGGGAAGACUAUCAGCGAGCCCUGGAGGGCUGGAGAGAUUUCCUGGUGCGUCUGGGGAACCUGACGGGCUUGUCCCUGGCUGAGGGGCCCCUCCACCGGGCCUGGAAGGUGCUGGACACGCUGAUCUGCCAGCGGGCUCACCGCCUCCCGCUCCCCGAGUGGGCCACCCCCGAGGUGCUCGGCUCUCUGGCCCAGGUGUCGGCCCUGGACGUCCGCGCCCACGUGGGCCCACCGAGGGCACAGGAGAAGGCCCAGCUCAGUGGAGGAAUCCUGCUCGAUGCCAUCUUAGCCAAUUUUAGCCAGGCCCAGGCCCGGGGGCUGCCCCUCAAGAUGAUCAUGUACUCAGCCCACGACAGCACCCUGCUGGCCCUCCAGGGAGCCCUGGGCCUCUAUGACGGGCACCACCCGCCCUACGCCGCCUGCCUCGGGUUUGAGUUUUCGAGACGCCUUGGAGAGCCAGAACAGGAGACAGAAGAGGGGUAGACACCCCGCACCCCC